GAGGCUUGGAGGAGAAAUGGCAACUCUGCCUGCAGUCCCGCCUCCUCCACCUCCAGCCCCUCCUAGCAGUAUUGGAAUAAUACGAGGAACACCUUCAUCUCUGAAGGAGACACAGUGUGAUGCAGCAUACCCAGACUGUAAAACAGAAGUACGAAGAGCCUGCACGUUUCUCAAAAAUAGAUUGCCCGAAGACACUAUCCUGCUUUCUCAUAACCGGGUUGUUGCUUCCAUACUGCAGGAAGGACCCAUGUGUGGCCUGUGUGCCCUGUCUAUGGCCACUGAGAUGACAGGCAAGAAAGUAGAUGUAGAUCUGAUAUUUUCAACAGCUAAAGACAGGCAGUUUACAAAGCAAGGAGAAAUGUUUUCAGCUGCAGAUAUGAUGUCAUUAGCUGAGGAAAUUACCCAAGAAAAGUGUGUUCUUUUAGACAAAAGCUUGCAAACAUGCAUAGUCGUGUCACAUCUAAUCAAGGGAAAUCCUGUACUAGUUCCGUAUGACUCUGACUGUAACCAUGAGCCCUGUUUAAAGGAAGGUCGUAAAGCACACUGGGCAGUGUUGACAGGUGUCCUGUUUGUGAUGUCAGAUCAUCAAAGUUCAGUGCAGGACCAGAAUUAUGAACAAGAUGACAGAUUGAACUAUUUAUAUCACUCAAAAGGAGAUUAUUCAGAUCUGAGUUUGGAACAGUUAUCAAAUCUCAACAGUAACUGUGAUAUAUAUUUUUUUGCCAAGCAGGGGAAGAGCAAACAUUUACAAUGCUGGAACUCUGAGGACCUCCGUGCCAGCAACUGCAAUCUCACCAAAAUUGACCCUGAAAGGGACAAUGAGCACUAUAUAAGACCCGAGGGCGGCCUGGAAGAGGGGCUAAAGAACAAGGUGGUCAUCAUUAUGAAGAAUUGUACUGCCCCGUCGUGAUAUAUUUGUAUUUUUUAUU